UCUGCCAUGUCCUGUCCCGUCCUGUCCCAUCCUGCCAUGUCUGUCCCACCCACUCUGUCCUACCCUGUCCUGUCUGUCCCUCCCAUCCUACCUGUCCCAUCUUGUCCCAUCGUGUCCUGUCUGUUCUGUCACAUUGUAUCAUAUAUGUCUCAUCUCAUCCCAUUGCCCUCUGCCAUUCAUCCCACCCUGUCCUGUCCCCAUCCCUCCAUCCUGUCCCAUGCCGUGCUGUGCCAUUCUGCCCCAUCCCAUCCCAUCCCAUCCCAUCCCAUCCCAUCCCAUCCCAUCCCAUGGGACACAGAGGUAUGCAUACAGAUGUGCACCGAGCCCCACCCACAUCCAGUACCCCCAGUACACCCUCAGAGCCUCCAGUACCUCCCAGCGCCCCCCAGCAUCCCCCAGUAUCUGCACGGGGUGCCCACGGGCUGGUCCCCCGCAGGCCUGACGGAGGACGAGGACAUCCAGCGGAUGCUGCGGGGCUCCCUGCUGAGGAAGAUCAAGUCCCGGGGGGUGCCCAGGGAGCGGCUCUUCCGCCUGCAGGAGGACGGGGCGACCGUCUGCUUCGAGGGGCGAUUCGGGCGCGCUCGCUCCCAGCAGAGCUUCUCGGUGAUGCAUGUGGAGGGGGUACGUGAGGGACACCAGUCGGAGGGUCUGCGCAAGUACGGUGGCGCCUUCCCCGAGCGCCACUGCUUCACCCUCGUCUUCAAGGGCAAGCGCAAGAACCUCGACCUGGCUGCCCGGGGAGAGGAGGACGCCCGCCACUGGGUGCAAGGGCUCACCAAGCUGAUGGGGCGGCUGCAAGCCAUGAGUCAACCAGAGAAGCUUGACCACUGGAUCCAUGGGGUCCUGCAGCGAGCAGACAGGAACAAGGACAACAAGAUGUCCUUCCGGGAGGUGAAGAGCAUGCUGAGGAUGAUCAACAUCGACAUGGAUGAUGUCUAUGCCUACAAGCUCUUCAAGGAGUGCGACCGCUCGGGUGAUGAGCGGCUGGAGGGCCGGGAGCUGGAGGAGUUUUGCCGACGGCUGCUGCGGCGGCCGGAGCUGGAGGAGCUUUUUGGGCGUUACUCUGGCGAGGACCGUGUUCUUUCGGCCGAGGAGCUGCGGGAUUUUCUACAGGACCAGGGUGAGGAUGCCAGCCUGCGCCAGGCCCGUGCCAUCAUCCGCACCUACGAGCUCAACGAGAAGGCCAGGCAGCAGGACCUGAUGAUGCUGGAUGGCUUCAUGAUGUACCUCCUCUCUGCCGCCGGUGACAUCCUCAACCAGGAGCACACCAAGGUGCACCAGGACAUGAGCCAGCCCCUGUGCCACUACUUCAUCUCCUCCUCCCACAACACCUACCUGACCCGCAACCAGAUCGGCGGCACCAGCAGCACUGAAGCCUAUGUCAGGGUGCUGAUGGCAGGAUGCCGUUGUGUGGAGCUGGAUUGCUGGGAGGGCUCCGACGGGGAACCCGUUGUCUACCACGGCCACACACUCACCUCCAAAAUCCUCUUCCGUGAUGUCAUUGAGAGCAUCCGCGACUACGCUUUCAAGCAAUCGCCCUACCCCGUCAUCCUGUCCCUGGAGAACCACUGUGGGCUGGAGCAGCAGGCCACCAUGGCCCGGCACAUGAAGGCCAUCCUGGGGGACAUGCUGCUGACACAGCCACUGGAGGGGCAGGACCCCCAUGACCUCCCGUCCCCAGAGCAGCUGAAGGGGAAGGUCUUGGUAAAAGGAAAGAAGCUUCCAGAGCCAUGGCAUGAGCCUCGGGGGAUCACCUGCCAUCUGGAUCCAGAGGAGGAGGAAGAAGAGGAGGAGGAAGAGGAGGAGGAGGAGAAGCUGCAGGAGAGAAGCAGCCGGCGGUCACUCCAGUCGUUGCAGGAGAUCAAACCUCUGCAGGCCAAGGACGCGUCGCAGGUGGCCCCAGAGCUGUCGGCCGUGGUGGUGUACUGCCAGGCUGUCCCCUUCCCCGGCCUGGCCCAGGCCCUGCGCCACCCCCGGCCCUGCGAGAUGUCCUCCUUCAGCGAGAGGAAGGCUCGGAAGCUUAUCAAGGAGGCGGGCCCGGCGCUGGUCCGGUACAACGCCCGGCAGCUCAGCCGCGUCUACCCGCUGGGGCUGAAGAUGAACUCCUCCAACUACAACCCCCAGGAGAUGUGGAACGUUGGCUGCCAGCUGGUGGCCCUCAACUUCCAGACGCCGGGCUACGAGAUGGACCUGAACGCCGGGCGCUUCCUGGGCAACGGGCGCUGUGGCUACGUGCUGAAGCCCCCCUGCCUGCGCAGCCCCCCCGGGGAGGGGCCCCGCCGCCUGGCACUGCACGUCAGGGUGAUCACGGCACAGCAGCUACCCAAGCUGAACCGGGAGAAGGGCAGCUCCAUCGUGGACCCCUUCGUGCGGGUGGAGAUCCACGGCGUCCCGGCUGACUGCGGCAAGCAGCAGACCCGCCACAAGCUCAACAAUGGCUUCAACCCCCGCUGGGAAGAGACACUGAGCUUCCAGCUGCGGGCGCCCGAGCUGGCCCUGGUGCGCUUCGUGGUGGAGGACUACGACAGCACCUCCUGCAACGACUUCGUGGGGCAGUUCACCCUGCCUCUGGCCAGCAUGCGGCAAGGGUAUCGUCACAUCCAUCUGCUCUCCAAGGAUGGGGCGUCCCUGUCCCCCGCCACGCUCUUUGUGCACAUUCGAUGCAAGAGUCUGUGAGGUCCCUGUGAGAGGGACAUCAUGUCCCCGUGCGUGGGACAACAUGCUCCUCCAUGGGGUGGGCACCCUCCUGCACCAGAGACUCCCUGUGUGGGGACAGCCUGGGGACACUGCUCACACAGCUGCAGUGGCAGCAGGGCUGGCUGGGAGACCCAAGGGGGUAGGGGACCCCCUCCACGUCCCUUAGGGCCACACCAUCCGCUGGCCCACAUGCCCUGCUCCUCCCCUCCCUGGCUGUGACCCCGAGGGGACAGAGAUGCUGUGACAACCAGGAUGGGGUGGCCAGGCCAUCAACACCCUAGCACAGCCCUGGGGGAGUGACACUAGUGACAACAAACCCCAAACAUCACCACCCCCAGCCACGCUCAAUCCCAGCCCCUCCUUGGGCUGCAAGGAUGGUGCCAUCACCACGAGGACCCUGAGGGGUCCCUGUCACUGUGCAGGCCCCAAGGGGACCCUGCUACCAUGUGC